GGCUGUGACUGUUCCUGGUCACCUCCAUCCCUUUGAGCAUUCAUCCUAAAGUAGCAUUUGUCCUCCCCAGGAACAGCCCCCGUGCUCCCCACAGGUUUCAGCCAAGUGAGACAAUGAUGGAGUGCUUUCAUUACAGCACCUCCCUCACCCUGCUGCAAUUGCUCCUGAAAAGCACCCCUGAAAGCCCCCCGUACCAUUAGACUGCAUUAGCAACUCGCUCACACCAUCAAUCAGGGUCUACCAGGGAUAAGCAAACUCUCCUAUUCCCUUUCUUCACCUCUCCUUCCUGUAAUCAUUGCACUGAAACUCCCUGUCCCAGAACCAGGAAACAAGAGAAAUCCCACCCUGACCUCAGCCAGCUCACACCUGCUCAUCCUCAGAGGCUGGCUCAUGUCACACCCUAAGCCUUUGCCUCCCAGCACUGAACAGCCCAGUAUCCCCAAACCCCUCCCAGCCGAUGCCUUUUAGAGCCUGGCCCUGCCCGUGGUGCAGCUGUAGCUCAUCUCCAUCCAAAUGCCUGUGACCCGGUCCCCGUGGCGUGCUGGCUCCCAGCUCCCCAGUCCCAGCUCUGUUCCCAGGAUUUUUCCAGCUGAGGCUCUCCAGGUUGCUCCCCAAAGGCACAACAUCGCUCUCAGCCCUAUGAAAUUUCAUCCCGUGGUUCUGGCGCUUGUCCCCAAGGUCACCCACGCUUGCUUGCUUUCCCUGGCUUUGUGGCUGGUUCCUCUGCUCUGUCCCCUUUACACAAAGGGGCCUUUGGGGAAAUAUUGUGUGGGGAGCCCCAGGGUGGACCCUCAGGGAACACCAUGCUGUCCCAUCGUUGUCCCUCUGUCAUUUGUCCUCCUGGCUGAGCCCUGGCGGCUGUCCCCUGUGCAUGCCCAAUGUUUCACAGCAUCUCUUGCUCUGAUGGAGCCAAUAACUUCACACAGGGAUCAGAGCUGUUUUGCAGCGGUUUCCUGAUUGCAUUUGUUCACCUGCUUUGGGGAUACUCGUGUCCAUGAGCUGAGAUGUGCACAGGGAGCACGAGCCAUUUGGGGAAGGAUGCACAGCUGAUUCAGGGGCUGGGGUGUGCUUGUUGCACCCAUGCAUCGUCCAGACCCCCUUGUCCAGCCCCUGUGCAUCGAAGCGCUGCUGCAUGCAGACGCUCCCCUUCCCCUCGGGCUGCCGAUGGCGGCUGCGGUGCUGGGAUGGGGCUGGAGAUUGCUCUGUGGUCACAUUGGAUGCUUUUACGAAGUGCUGAGCGCAGGAAAAUAGCAAACCGCAAAAAGGGGCCGUGCUGCCGCAGGGCUGCAGGGAGUGGGGGGUGAUGCCUUUGCUCCUGGACUCACCCAGAACCAGCCCCAGGCCACCUCAAGGCUACCUCCACAGGACCCCAAUCCUAUCCUGCUCACCAGCACCAGGGCUGAAUGUCAACCCUGGGAUUCCCUGUGCCCCACAUGGAGCAGAGCAUGGGGUGAUGCACUGCGUGGCUCUCCAGGAGGAGGCAUCAUCCGAAUCAUGACAGUGCCCAAAUCCUGCAAAAAGCAGCGUGGGCUUGGAGGACACCCGACCUAGGGCAUUGCCUUUGCACACAUCGCUGUCCCACGGCGCGGGGAGAUGAGCCCAUGGGGACAAGUGCCAACAGAAUGAGCAGCACGGAGCACUCAGGGACACCACAGCAUCCUCACUGGCACCACCCAGAUGGACAUGACGGCAGGACGGUGACGCAGGGCUUUGGGCAAUCUCUGGCUGCCACGGUGAAGAGCUCAGAGUCCCCGGUGAGCCAAGCAGAUGGAGGCUGAGGAAACAGCCUGGGACCCGGCAGGACGGCGUGGAUGGAGCUGCAGAUCGGGCUGCCAGGGAUGGAGGAUGCAGCAUACCAGGUGCCUGAAUGCGCAACAUCCAUGCAAACCCAUCCGUGCACACCCAGCCGUGCACACCCCUCCGUGCACAACUGUGCACCCCAGAUCUGGCAGCCCUUCAGCUCCCAACGCAGCGGCGCAUCCCAGAGCCAGCGACAUCUUCACUCCGUCCUGCCAGCCGCAGCCGGGCUGCUCCCAGGGGAGCAGGGAGCCCGCAGAACCGCCCCUCGCUCCUCCCCAGCCCUCUGCUCCUGAUAUCCCCUCCUCUCCAACCCCCCCUGAGCAGCCCUCUGCUCUUCUUCUGCUUCUCUCCCUUCACUCCGCGCAUCGCUGCACACCUCUCACUCCUUUUCCCUUCUCUUUCUCUGCUCCCAACUUUUCCCCUUCCUCCUUCCCAGCCCCUCUCACCCACUCUGCGAGGCACAGAUUCACCACUGGAGACCCCCACCCUGAAGCAGGACCAGGACCUCCACCCCGCAGCUGGGACUCUGCACAAUGCCCCUCCAGAUAUUCUGCACCAUCUCCUUCUCCAGCGAGGAAGCACCAAGAGAUGCCACAGCAGCUGGGAGAGGAGAGAAUGGAGCGGAUGAGUUCCUGUACAAGCAGGAGGAGGAAGAAGAGGAGGAGGAGGACGCAGGGGCAGCCACAGACUUCGUGGCCUUUGCCAGCAGCUGCACACUGCAUGGGCUGAGCCACAUCUUUGUGGAGGGCAGCCUGGGUGCCCGGCAGGCGCUCUGGGCGCUGGCUUUCCUCCUCUCCCUCUCCGUCUUCCUCUACCAGGUGGCCGACCGCAUUGUGUACUACCUGGAGUACCACCACGUCACACUGCUCAGUGAGGAGGACAGCCCCGAGAUGACUUUCCCUGCCGUCACUUUCUGCAACGUCAACCGGGUGCGGGUCUCGCAGCUCAGCCACGAGGACCUGCUCUACCUUGCACCCCUGGUUGACUACGAGCCUGGGAUGGAGCUGGGCUUUGUGCCAGCCCAGUUCAGCUCUUGGGAUGAGGAUGAGCCCCUAAAUUUGCACGGGUUUUUUAACCGCACUUGCCACCAGCUGGAGGACAUGCUGCUGAGCUGCAGCUACCGGGGCGAGCAGUGCGGCCCCGGUGACUUCGUGGCGGUGAGUAGCCCUGUCCUGCUGCCCUGGGGACCGGAUGGUGGCACAGCUCUUUUGCUUGGCACCGUCAUCUCCUGGCUCCCGUCGCCCCCAACCUGCCCCACAAUCGCGCCUUCUCCUCGCCCCUUUCUGCUGCCUCAGACUUCUCAGUGUGAUGAGUGCCGCGUUCACAGCUUGGGAUGGGGAAAAGCAAAGCCCUGGGCAUAGAGUAAGCUCCUGGGGGAUUCCUGCUGCCUGUCUCCUGCCCCAUUAGGAGAGGAAAGGGACCAGGGAGCAGCUCCCACCAGCAUCGCGUUGGAUCAGCCACAAUGGUUGAUGCUGUCCAUGCUUGGGGACAGGCACCCAGGAAUUCUGGUGGCAUUGGCAUUGGGGCCAGAUGUCUCCAUCCUUGUGUCCCCACCACACCUCGGGGUCUGGGCUUUGCACUGUGCAGCCUGCAGCCUGCUGGCCCCAAAUGCUCCCUUAGCCGGUAGCAGCUCAGCAUCAUGGAGCUGUGCUGGCAGCCGGAGGUGAGAGCUGGAACGGGUGAGAAGAGGGGCGGGGGGGCUGAGGAUCCUGUCCAGACCCCGUCUGCAGGACUGGAGGAGAUGGGGCAGAUACUGGUGAGGGCGUAGGGCUGAGUGCUGCCGUCCUGGGGCUGCGGGGUCAUGGUGCUGCAAAUCCACAAAGCAUCUCCACCGACCUGUGCCCAUCGCCUCGGUGGGGAUCUCGUCCUUCUACCAGGGCAAAGGCAGCUCCGAUGCUAAGAGACUCCAUGGGGCAGGAGCCUGGGUCAGGCUGUCCCCCAGGCUGGGCAUGGCCACAUUUUGAGGCUGGUGCCGGCUCCGUGCCACAGUGCCAGUGGCAGAUUUGGGCCAGCAGAGGGGCCCCAGCCUCAGC